GUUCUUCACCGGGCCAUAGAGACAUUGUCUUGGGCCUUGCAGGAUGAAGGUGUUGUGCGCUAUCGUUCUAUACAUCGCAUUAAUGCAACCAGCUCUCUGUGAUCCGCCAUUUGCAAAAAAAUCCAAUGAACACUAUACGUUAGAUCAUCUAUUAAACAAAGGACCUGAAAACGGGAACAGAUACAGAGCGCCAAGUUCGUUUUUUGAAAAUUCUGCGAUUAAUAAACACUUUCAAAACUAUUUCGCCAAUCAACAGGGCAGAGUUCAGCCGGUACAACCUACCAGGAGCGCUCGGCAUUUGAACGGCAAACCCUUCAGAGCAGCGGAAAAUAAACACAAUUUACAUGCCAACGCGAGGAUACCAGUGCGACAACCAAGUAUACAGCCUAAAGAUACACAAAGCGAAACUAAUCAUGCAAAAAAUAGCAAUUUACCUACGCGUGUUAGUCUAAAUUUGGAUGAUGUAACUACGGAGUCUCAUAUCAAUGAAAAUACAGUUCCCAAGCAACCAACUGAAGGUAAUGGACAAAUCGAUAGUGUCGCCAAUACUAUUGACCCAAUCAUUAAAAAACCAAAUGAAGUUAAUGAAACUGAUAAGAAACCAGAAAUACAAUGGACGACGAAUACUCAUGAGCAGACCACGUCAGCAGUUGGUAAUGGAGAAAUAUCAUCGAAUAAUCAAUUAAAACUUAACAAAGACACAGUAUUAAAAGGACACUACAUAGUCAGACCUGCAACGACAAAUGCUUUGGAUAAAACGCAAAAUGUAGAACCACUGACUACAGAUUCAGCAUACCAAAUUCCUCUACUACCGCCAAGCACACAACCUGCUGAUAACUUACUAAGCAAAGAAAGCAAUCAAGAAGUACUAGAAAAGAUUAUAGAAGAAGUCAUAAAAGAUAAUAAAUAUGAAAACUCAGACGAUACUAAUCCUGUAAAAUUUAUUUACAAAGAGGAAUUGGUACCUAAUGCUGCUAUUGAAAAUCAAGAGAAUGUAACGAAAACUACAGACUUAAAAGGUUUCCUUAAAAACAUUAAAGAAAUCAAACAUUUUGAAGAAAAGAUCGAAAAUUUCAAGGAAAAUAAAACACAGGAGUGGAAAAGUAAAAAAAAUAUGACUAUCAAAAAAGCAGAAUCUAUUACUCAACAUGACGUAUCUAAGAAGACCAAUGAAUAUACAAAUGAGAAACGAAACGAAACUCGCGAAGAGAGUGACUUUGAAUCUAACAAACAACUAUCAAAAUACACUGAGGAAUCUCAAUUUGAAUUGAACACCAGGAUAUCUCUUACCGAAAAUAGUGAUGAAUUCGCAGCUCUGAACGAAUAUCUAGAAGAAGUGAAAAAAAUUGAAAAUCAAAAUAAAGCAUAUGAAAAAGUAGAACAGAAAUCGUUACAAGCGGAGAAAUUUGACGAUCUAGAAUUUUGGAGACAAGAAGCGGAAAAGGAAGAAAAAAAACGCGAAAAGGAAAUAAGAGAAAUGCAAAGUAAAUUGAACGGUGGCAGACACACAGAAAUGACAGAAAAGGAGUUAGUGAGCAAAGCUGAAGAGCUUGUGGAAAACGAUGAAGAUGAAUUUUGGAAUCAAGAAGCUAUAUAUCUAGACAAUAAUUAUGAAAAUUCAAAAACCCUGAAUAAAACAAAUUCUUCUAUAUCUUCGACUACUAACCCUAAGCAGCCGAUUACUGGGGCAAAUAUAGCUAAAACUACAGCAACUGAGCAAUCCACGACUGAGGCCAAGGUACUUUCGACGACUGAACUUAAACAGUCGACGACUGCGACAAGUGUACCAUCAACUGUGGCUAGUGAGCAAUCUACGACUGAGAUAAGUGUACCGUCAACUACCGGUACUGAGCAACCUACAACUGAGACAAGUGUACCAUCGACUACUGCUACUGAGCAAUCUAGGACUGAUAUAAAACUGCCUUCAACUACGUCUACCGUGCAAUCUGCGACUGAGACAAGUGUACCGUCGACGCUCGAGCUUAAAGAGUCGACGACUGAGACAAGUGUACCAUCAACUACGUCUAACGUGCAAGCUACGACUGAGACAAGUGUACCGUCGACGAUCGAGCUUAAGCAGUCGACGACUGAAACAAAUGUACCAUCAACUACGGCUACUGAGCAAUCUACGACUGAGACAAGUGUAUCGUCGACGCUCGAGCUUAAGCAGUCGACGACUGAGACAAAUGUACCAUCAACUACGGCUACCGAGCAAUCUACGACUGAGACAAGUGUACCGUCGACGACCGAGCUUAAACAGUCGACGACUGAGACAAAUGUACCAUCAACUACGGCUACCGAGAAAUCUACGACUGAGACAAGUGUACCGUCGACGAUCGAGCUUAAACAGUCGACGACUGAGACAAAUGUAUCAUCAACUUCGGCUACUGAGAAAUCUACGACUGAGAUAAGUGUACCAUCGACUACUGGUACUGAGCAACCUACAACUGAGACAAGUGUAGCAUCGCCUACUGCUACUGAGCAAUCUAAGACUGAUAUAAAACUGCCUUCAACUGCAGCUACUGAGCAAUCUACGACUGAGACAAGUGUAUCGUCGACGCUCGAGCUUAAAAAGUCGACGACUGAGACAAAUGUACCAUCAACUACGGCUACCGAGCAAUCUACGACUGAGACAAUUGUACCGUCGACGACCGAGCUUAAACAGUCGACGACUGAGACAAAUGUACCAUCAACUACGGCUACCGAGAAAUCUACGACUGAGACCAGUGUACCGUCGACGAUCGAGCUUAAGCAGUCGACGACUGAGACAAAUGUACCAUCAACUACGGCUACCGAGCAAUCUACGACUGAGACAAGUGUACCGUCGACGAUUGAGCUUAAACAGUCGACGACUGAGACAAAUGUACCAUCAACUUCGGCUACUGAGAAAUCUACGACUGAGAUAAGUGUACCAUCGACUACUGGUACUGAGCAAUCUAAGACUGAUAUAAAACUGCCUUCAACUGCAGCUACUGAGCAAUCUACGACUGAGACAAGUGUACCGUCGACGAUUGAGCUUAAGCAAUCGACGACUCAGUCAAAUGUACCAUCGACUACGGCUACUGAGCAAUCUACGACUGAGACAAGUGUACCGUCGACGAUUGAGCUUAAACAGUCGACGACUGAGACAAAUGUACCAUCAACUUCGGCUACUGAGAAAUCUACGACUGAGAUAAGUGUACCAUCGACUACUGGUACUGAGCAAUCUAAGACUGAUAUAAAACUGCCUUCAACUGCAGCUACUGAGCAAUCUACGACUGAGACAAGUGUACCGUCGACGAUUGAGCUUAAGCAAUCGACGACUCAGUCAAAUGUACCAUCGACUACGGCUACUGAGCAAUCUACGACUGAGACAAGUGUACCGUCGACGAUUGAGCUUAAACAGUCGACGACUGAGACAAAUGUACCAUCAACUUCGGCUACUGAGAAAUCUACGACUGAGAUAAGUGUACCAUCGACUACUGGUACUGAGCAAUCUAAGACUGAUAUAAAACUGCCUUCAACUGCAGCUACUGAGCAAUCUACGACUGAGACAAGUGUACCGUCGACGAUUGAGCUUAAGCAAUCGACGACUCAGUCAAAUGUACCAUCGACUACGGCUACUGAGCAAUCUACGACUGAGACAAGUGUACCGUCGACGAUUGAGCUUAAACAGUCGACGACUGAGACAAAUGUACCAUCAACUUCGGCUACUGAGAAAUCUACGACUGAGAUAAGUGUACCAUCGACUACUGGUACUGAGCAAUCUAAGACUGAUAUAAAACUGCCUUCAACUGCAGCUACUGAGCAAUCUACGACUGAGACAAGUGUACCGUCGACGAUUGAGCUUAAGCAAUCGACGACUCAGUCAAAUGUACCAUCGACUACGGCUACUGAGCAAUCUACGACUGAGACAAGUGUACCGUCGACGAUUGAGCUUAAACAGUCGACGACUGAGACAAAUGUACCAUCAACUUCGGCUACUGAGAAAUCUACGACUGAGACAAGUGUACCGUCGACGAUCGAGCUUAAGCAGUCGACGACUGAGACAAAUACUACAGACGCAGAAGCUCAGUCUACCACUGUCACCGAAUCAAACACUACAGGAGCAGCAGUGCAAUCUACCACCGCAACAGAGAGUGCCACUACAGACGCAGAAGCACAGUCUACUACUGUCUCCGAAUCCAACACUGGAAGAGCAGCAGUGCAAUCUACUACCGUUGCAGAGCGCGCCACCACAGAUGCUGAAGUUCAGUCUACCACUGUCACACAAUCAGACACUGCAGAAGCAGCAGUGCAAUCUACCACCGCAACAGAGAGUGCCACUACAGACGCAGAAGCACAGUCUACUACUGUCUCCGAAUCAAACACUGGAAGAGCAGCAGUGCAAUCUACUACAGUUUCAGAGCGCGCCACCACAGAUGCUGAAGUUCAGUCUACCACUGUCACCGAAUUAAGUACUGCAGGAGCAGCAGUACAAUCUACUACCACUACCGAGAGUGCCACCACUGAUGCUGAAGCUCAGUCUACUACUGUCACGGAAUCGAGCACUGCAGGAGCAGCAGUGCAAUCUACCACCGCAACAGAGAGUGCCACUACAGACGCAGAAGCACAGUCUACUACUGUCACCGAAUUAAGUACUGCAGGAGCAGCAGUACAAUCUACUACCACUACCGAGAGUGCCACCACUGAUGCUGAAGCUCAGUCUACUACUGUCACGGAAUCGAGCACUGCAGGCGCAGCAGUGCAAUCUACCACCGCAACAGAGAGUGCCACUACAGACGCAGAAGCACAGUCUACUACUGUCUCCGAAUCAAACACUGGAAGAGCAGCAGUGCAAUCUACUACAGUUUCAGAGCGCGCCACCACAGAUGCUGAUGUUCAGUCUACCACUGUCACACAAUCAGACACUGCAGGAGCAGCAGUACAAUCUACUAUCACUACCGAGAGUGCCACCACUGAUGCUGAAGCUCAGUCUACUACUGUCACGGAAUCGAGCACUGCAGGAGCAGCAGCGCAAUCUAAUACCGCAACAGACAGUGCCACUGCAGACACUGAAGUUCAGUCUACCACUGUCACUGAAUCGAGCACUACAGGAGCAGCAGUGCAAUCUACCACCGCAACAGAGAGUAGCACUACAGAUGCUGAAGCUCAGUCUACUACUGUCACGGAAUCGAGCACUGCAGGAGUAGCAGUGCAAUCUACUAUCGCUACAGAGCGUGCCACCACAGACACUGAAGUACAGUCUGCUACUGUCACCGAAUCAAACACUGCGGCUAAGGUCCACGAUCAGCCUACUAGAACAGUAUUUACUUCGCCAUGUGGAAAUCAUCCAACUUCUGUUGCAACUGACAAUACUUCUGAAAAAGAAAGUAAACAGACCAACACUCCAACUGAACAUACAGUCAUUGUAGCACACAAUCAAUUUUACGAAACUCAAACUAAGACAACAACUUCGGCUCAUCCAAUUCUAGAACCAGUAUCUGGUAUGCCCUCCAUACAUUUAACUUCCAAAAACGAUCCCCCAACAACAGAUGAACCAAUAGAAAUUUGGGAACAAUCCACGAAACAGUUUGCUCCAACAACAUUUAUUUCUGAGUCUUUAGUUUUGAAGAAUAAGCAAACUCAAUUUAAAGUGAUACCACUAGAAAUUCCUACAGAAGCGACACAGAAGCCUGUGCAGUCCACAAUCGUGCCUAUACAUCCUAAAACCAAACCUGAGCAAUCGACAAUAACAACGGUGCAGUCCACAGACCAAUCAACACAGGCAACAAUAGGAUCAUUUCCAUCGAUUGUCAAACCCAUACAAUCGCGCGAGCCGAAUGUAUUCAAUGUCAAAGCGAUAUCGUCAAUCGAACCUUUAAAAUCGACAACUGAAUCAGUACAUUCGAUAACACAAUCGACGGUUGUAUCUGAACAAUCAUCAAACGAACCUCUGCAGGUAACAAUCGAACUUCUACAAUCAUCAAUCGAACCUACACAGUCCACAGUCCAAACACAACAGUCGAGCGCACAACCUGGACAAUUCGCAACCAAACCUGUUAAUCGAAUCGAAACAACUACAGAAAAUCCAGAAAGCAAAAAAUCAAAUGAACAUAGACCAUUCAUACAAGUUACAAAAUCAACAAAGAGUCCGAUCGGGAGCACCCUAAAAGGAUAUUACCGAGAAAUCAACCCUACCCAAGGCUUCGGUGAUGAUGUCGGGGAAAAUGAAGAUAAACGCAAAGGAAGAUAUGAUUUAUCUAAAUUUAAUCAAGCUCCGGCAAUGCAUAUGGCCGUUGAAAACGAAAUAACAUUGAAGACUCUGAUCGUCGAAGACGGAUCCAAGUAUGGACGCUGCUACUGUUCGUGUGACCUGAAUAGCAAGCCAGUCUUCAUUAGCUUGGAUGGAAGUGCUUUGAAACCUAGACGAUGAAUCCAAUAGAUAUACCUCCUAAUUAAGUCAUUCAUAAACCAGCUAUAAUCCAUGCUAAUUACAUAAAUAAUACAGUAAUACAAA